UAAAGAUGGCAGCAUGUAACUUACGCGUCGUAAUAUUUUAUUGUAAAUAAUUAAUAAUAAUGUAAAAAUCGUUUAAUUGUGGUGUUGUGUGUGUAUUUUAAUUUAUUUCAAGCAUGAUAAUGAUCAUUUUAUUUAUACUAUAAAUUUGUAAAUAUUGGUAAUUUCUUUCGUGAACUAGCAGUUAAGCAAUCAUGAUGGCAUUCGACACGGUCUCCUUAAGCAGUGAUGAUGACGUCCCUCUGAAGACACUAGGUUCUGCUGAUGAAGAUGUGCCGCUAAACGCGCUGGCAGCUUCAUACGUGCCAGUUAAAUCCACUGUUUUGAAGACACGCAGUGUGGAACAUUGUGACUUCUGUGAAGAGGUGUUUCUGAACAAAUAUGACGCUUUAAUCCACAAUGGGAAACACAUAAUCAUUCCACUCAUUAAGAAGGAGCUACACCAGUGCCCUCUAUGUCUAUUUUAUUACACAUCUCGAUAUAAACUUAAACAUCACACUAGAAACAAACAUAAAAAUAACAUUACCAAAAAUGAAGCAGUCAUUAAACCGGUCAUUACAGAAAAUAAAGUGCUUAUAAACCCAGUCAAAGAAAAUAAAGACAAACUUAUUAAAGAUAAUGAAAAUCCUAAGCAUAAUAAUGAAAGUAAAGAAAUAAUUAAAAAAGUUACUUUUAUAGAUUCUGAUGAUGAAGACAUACCAUUGGUCAAUCAUAGUAACAAAAAAGAAAUUAAAAAAGUUUCCACAUAUAAGCUAGAUGACGAAGAUUUGCCAUUAAUAUUUAAUACUAAUGUGAUUAAAGAGACUGAGAAAGCGCCUAAAUGUGAAACUGAAAUGCUAAGGCAAGCACUUUUAAAAGAUGUCAAAGUGGUUAUUGAGAAGAUAGAAAUAGAACUUUCACCUAAAGUUGAAUCUGAAAUCUUAAUAAAUGGUUUAGGAGUGUCUGGGAAAAUUGAAGUAGAUGUAAAAGACCAUGAAAUAAAAUGCCAACCUAAAACAGACAACACAGUAAUACCUGAUAUGUUUGAUGUUGUAAAAGCAAGUAAUGCAAAACCAAAUGAGAAAGUGAAAAUAAGAAGUCGUUUAACAUUUGAAGAUGAAAUUGAUGAUAUUUGUGAUGACGAAGUGAUGAAAGAUUUGACUAAAGAGUGUAUAGUUGACAUGAACCUUUUUGAUGAGCCGUGGUUCGAUGAACUUGCUAAGAGUAUUACAAAUGAUGAUGUCAUAGUUGAUGAUGAUAUGGUUAUAACUAUAGAUGAUGAUGAUGAUGAUGAUGAACAAGAGAAAAGUGCACAAAUGACUGUGAAAUUGACAGAUGAUGAUGUGUAUACACCUAGUACGCAUCAUGAUGAUUUGAUUAAACCAGGAGUAUAUCGUUGCAGAAAAUGCCAGCAGAUGUUCCCCACAAGGUUCAACCAGAUCCAGCACGAAAUGUCGCAUAUGCACAUCCGCAAGCCCCGGCCCAUGCUCUGCGAGUACUGCGACCGCUUCAUAGCCACCAAGAGAGCCCUAAAAGACCACAUCGCAACAAAACAUAGCAUGCCUUACCGCCAACGGACCUUCAAAUCUUGCACCAAAUGUGGUCUCAAAUACAAUAAUCUCGAAACGCAUUUGGACAAUUAUCAUGUCAUACUCCGCUGCCAUCUUUGUAACGAAAGUUUUGACACUGAAAUCGACAGACUGAACCAUAUUCGAGGGCAUUUAGUCAAAAUAAAAUGCAUUCAAUGCGAUUUCGUAGCGUCGGAACUAGAAAUAAAGGAACAUCAGAAGCGAUUUCAUAAAGUUGCCAGUACUGUUUCUUCAACUUUUAAAUUGUGUGAAAUAUGCUGUCUGUUUCUAAAAAAUAAGGGCAAUACCCAAUAUAUAUUUGGGGAAACUGUGAGUGAGUUAGGUUCUAGGUUAGAUUGCGAACAUUGUGGUAAUAAAUUUUUCCAUUUGACUCAAGUGCGGCGUAUUAUGAAAGGGAGACCGAGCGGAGUCACGUGUGAGAAGGAUAGGGAAAAGAAGAAGGUUUUGACUAAUAAGGAGCGGCUUAAGAAUAUACAGCAGAGAUUGAAAAUGAUUAAUAAACUUAGCAGAUUUUAAUUUUAA